UUGUUCUUUCAACGAGCAAGUCUAGUUGUUAUUCUCGCUUUACGUUGUUUAUUUCCACACGCUCGCCCGUCGGUUUUAAUAGCCGACGCUUAUCUGCACAUGCAGUUGUAAUCGUAUACAAUUGAGACAGUUUAUUUUUGUUUUCCAUUCAUACAUUGUGUUGUCGGCGUUGGUAAACAAUGUUACGUUGGCUGCUUCUCAGCGCCGCUUUCAUUUGUCUGAUCUGCCCGAGUAAAGCAGCUUUGGAGCGUUAUGAACCGAAUUGGGCGAGCCUGGAUGAACGACCAUUGCCCAGCUGGUAUGAUGAAGCGAAAAUUGGCAUCUUUAUACAUUGGGGCGUGUACUCAGUGCCGAGUUUUGGCUCGGAAUGGUUUUGGGAGGAUUGGUUAAAUUUACGAUAUCCCAAUUAUUUGAGUUUUAUGAAAAACAACUACAAGCCAAGCUUCGCUUAUCAAGAAUUCGCACAUGAAUUCACCGCUGAGUUAUUUAAUGCCACAAAGUGGGCGCUACUCUUUCGCGACAGUGGCGCAAAAUAUGUGGUUUUAACCAGCAAGCACCAUGAUGGCUAUACACUUUGGCCAUCAACGUCAUCUUUCAGUUGGAAUUCCAUGGAUGUGGGACCGAAAAGAGAUAUUAUUCGUGAGCUUUCAACUGCCAUACGUCAAGAGAGUUCACUCAAAUUCGGACUUUACUACUCACUCUUCGAGUGGUUCAAUCGUUUGUAUAUAAAUGAUAAAUUGCAUUUAUUUUUACAACAAAAUUAUGUUGAACGGAAAAUGCGACCCGAGCAAAUGGAAUUGAUAAAUGAGUAUUUACCGGAAAUUCUGUGGUCCGAUGGUGAUUGGGAGGCGCCUGCAAAGUACUGGAAGGCGGAGGAAUUUAUAGCUUGGCUAUACAAUGACAGUCCCGUGCGCGAUACCAUAGUGACGAACGAUCGCUGGGGUUUUGGCACCGCUUGUCAUCACGGCGAUUUUUAUAAUUGUCAAGAUCGUUAUAAUCCCGGUAUUUUACAGCCGCAUAAAUGGGAGAAUGCUUUUACGCUGGACAAAAGUAGUUGGGGACAGCGUUUCGAUGUAGAGUUGAAUGAUUUUAUGACCUCAGAAGAAUUGAUUGGCGAAGUUGUUAAAACCGUUAGUUGUAACGGUAAUGCGCUCAUUAAUGUGGGUCCGACGAAGUAUGGCACCAUAUUGCCCAUCUUCGAGGAGCGCCUGCGUGAUAUGGGCAAAUGGUUGAGCGUUAACGGUGAAGCUAUAUAUGGCUCCAAGCCAUGGAUUUAUCAAAAUGACAGCGUCACACCCAAUGUGUGGUAUACACAAAAGUUAGAUCCAACUAAUUCAUCCGCUAUCAUAUACGCUAUCGUUUUGGAAUAUCCUUACGAUACGAAUGAAAUCGAUUUGUAUCCGAUUGGCAAUUUGUCGAAAGACACCAAGUCCAACGUAAUCCUCUUUGGCUAUGAGGAUGAAAUUACUACCGAUGUGAGUGUGGCCGAUAUGUCGGUUAGUCUUGUGGGCAUGGAGAGUGCACAACUUGAUUGGUCUCUCAACGGCAACAGAUUACAUAUUGUCUUACCCCCAAAAAAUCAUAUUGAUAAAAAUGGGCUGAAAUUCGCUUGGACCUUUAAGAUCACAAAGAAAGGUUUUAAAUAGAUUAACAGAAAA